CUUUUGUUUUUUAAUGGGACGAUUAUAUUGUUGGUCAGUAAAGGGCCAUAGCUAAAAGAGUUCGCUGAGCUCAACUUUACGUUCAAGCCUAAAUUCAGUUAAGGGUUUAGAGGGUCAGGGCGGCUAACGUUAGUUUCUUUGCACUGACCGUAAGUAAAAGUCAGUGAUAUGUGCUGAUCUUUAUCUCGUCUUACUCUCUGUGGUUCCCGGUUAAGGAUGGGCCUUCUUAGUUAACAUUUUCGACUGCACUGUUUAUUUGUACGACCACGAAAUGCGGUUCAAUGAGAAGGAGCUUAUCUCUUUGAGCCGUCAGCCCUCAGAGAGAGCCGCAGAACUUGGAAUGAGAGGACCUAAAAAGGGUGACGUUUUAAAAAGGAGACUUGUGAAGCUCAUUGUUAAUUUCCUGUUUUACUUUCGGACCGACGAGGAAGAGCCAAUUGGAGCUUUGCUCCUGGAGCAGUGCCGAGUGGAGAGGGAAGAUGAUCUCGUCUUCUCCAUUGCUUACCUGGAUGAAGCAGAGAGAAAAUAUUUUUUUGAAUGUGAGACGCAGGAACAGUGCCUGGAAUGGAUUGAUGCCAUAGUCAAAGCCAGCUACGAGUUCAUGCGCAAGAAUCUUAUCUUCUACCGCACCGAAAUCCACCGUCUCACGGGCAAGGACCCCCUUGAACAAUAUGGUAUUUCAGACGAAACCCGUUUCCAGGGCUGUGUCGGUCCACCCCCUCCUGCUACUUAACCCCAGCUCAGCAGCACGGGGACGAUUCAGGUUGGACCGGCGUGUCGCCGUGCUGCUAACCCGAAGUGUAGUGUGGUUUUAACAUAGAAAAAAAACUACUGUCAACUCUUUAUUUUUCUUCAGUUUUCAGAUAUCACUGAAAGUAAAGAUCAGUCACUUUUGUUUUAUUAUAAUUGUCAUUAUGGUCAUGUCAUUUGUCUCAGAUGAUGACUGUCUGUAGCACUGUGUGUUCCUACAUAUAUGUGUGUGUGUGUGUUUCCAUGAGGCAUAUGCUUAUGUUCUUAGGUUAGAUAGAAAUGUGUGGAUUGUGUUCUGUCACUGCUAACAGCUACAUAUGAGCCAGAAGUAUUGCUUCAGGUGGAUAUCAGGGGUACUGUAGUGUAUAACAGCCCAGCAGUGCAAGACUUCAUUUGUUUCAUAUACAAAACCACAAGGAAGCUUGUCAAUGUCAUUGACAUAAGAUAACAUGUAGUGAAUUAUCGAUAAGAAAGACUUCCUUCACACACACCCUAGCGAUUUGCAUAAAAGCGUAUUUAGAUUACAGGAGUGUUUGCGUUUAGUUCCGUGUGGCUGAAUGCCAGGUUCUUUUUCCACCUCAUAGCUCUUCAGGAGAAGUUGCUGCCAUGGAAACAGCUCUGUACACAAAUCAGUCAAGUACCACAGCACACCUGAUUGGUCAAUAAGAGAAUCAGUAAAACCUUUGGCCUUCUGGAUGAAAUCUGAAGGCACAGUAGACACAGAAGCCCUGUGUUUAGCGCAUAAAUGCACCUUUGAGUUCAGCUGAGUUAUUGAAGACAUAUGCACAGUGCAGGUCCUAUUUGCAAUGUGUUGUUGCACAG